GAGGGGGUGAAAAAAGAGGAGAGAGGAGAACAGUUUCAAACACGUCGGCAUAAAUCUCGCAUCCAGAGGCUCCCUUUCUUUUUUGGUGUUGCUUUCUCCAGCUCUCUUCUCUCCUGACUGGACUUCGCCACUUUCUAUCCCUCUGCGCGCCAAUGCCCGAGACCGCGCCGAAACGACGGAUUUUCCCCCCUCGAGCAUGACAAGGAUUGCCAAAUCAUCCGCAAUCCAACAUCACCGACCGAGCCACCAGCAUGAGCACUGGAUACAUAUGCUCCAGCAGAAGUUGUUGGCCGGAGAACUAAGACAUCUUGGAGCACAGAUACAGCGGAGAGGGAAGAGUCAGUUUUAGGUCUCCAAAUAAUGGAGCGAGAAUGAACAGAGAGCGGCUUAAAAAAAAGCAUGAACUGGAGGUUUAUUGAGGUCAUCUGCUUCCUGUUUAUAUGGGACCAUAUAACAGUUCAGUCUUCCCGCCAGGACCCAUUGGCCACUGAGCAACAUGUCACCAAGCAAUAUGACUGGCUCAUCUCUGACCGCGGACCUUUCCACCACUCUCGAAGUUAUCUGUCCUUUGUGGAAAGAUUCCGCCAAGGAUUUACGACCAGAUAUAAAAUUUAUAGGGAAUUUGCACGUUGGAAGGUGAGGAACACAGCGAUCGAGAGGAGGGACCUGAUCCGGAACCCUGUGCCGCUCAUGCCUGAGUUCCAGCGCAGCGUUCGCUUGUUGGGCCGCAGGCCCACCACUCAGCAGUUCAUCGACACCAUCAUUAAGAAAUAUGGAACCCACAUACUCAUCUCUGCAACCCUGGGAGGGGAGGAGGCGCUGACUAUGUACCUGGCCAAAAACAAGCUGGACAGGAAGCUUGUCAACACCACUCAGAACGUGGAGGCCCUCCAUCAGCUCGCCUCCUCAUACUUCAUUGACCGCGACGGCACGAUGAGGAAGCUGCACGAGAUCCAGAUUUCCACCAAUGCCAUCAAGGUGACGGAGACACGGACGGGGCCACUGGGAUGCAGCAGCUAUGACAAUCUGGACUCGGUCAGCUCAAUCCUGCUGCAGAGCCCUGAGAGCAAGCUUCAUCUGCAAGGUCUUCAGGUAAUUUUCCCAGAAUACCUGCAGGAGAAAUUUGUUCAGUCAGCUCUGAGCUACAUUAUGUGCAAUGGAGAGGGAGAGUACGUCUGCCGCAACAACCAGUGCAUCUGUCAAUGCGCCGAGGAGUAUCCCCAAUGCAACUGUCCCAUCACCGACAUCCAGAUCAUGGAGAACACCCUGCUGGGGAUGUCUGAGUCAUGGGCUACCUCUUAUAAAGACUUUGAGAACUCUGAUGAGUUCAAGUCCUUCCUGAAGAGGUUGCCCUCCACUCACUUCCUGCCCAUCAGCAGUGUGCAUCUCCUGUGGGGCAGCGACUGGGACCUGCAAGCCAGAUACAGGCUGCUCCAGAGUUCCUUGGAGAUUCAGCGGCUCAAGAUCCAGCGCACCGCCCGCAAGCUUUUUGGCCUGAGCAUCCGUUGUCACCACAACCCCAACCACCAGAUGCCUAGGGAGAGGUCUGUGAUGCAGUGGCUCAACAGGGUUCAGUCCUUCCUCUACUGUAAUGAGAACGGGUUCUGGGGGACCUUCCUGGAAAGCCAAAGGACAUGCGUGUGCCACACAGGCGUCACCCUGUGCCUGAGACCCAUCCCGUGUGUCAUAGGCGGCAACAACAGCUGUGCUAUGUGCAGCCUGGCUAACAUCUCACAAUGUGGCUCCUGCAACAAGGGUUACAAGUUGUACCGUGGCCGAUGUGAGCCCCAGAAUGUGGACUCAGAGCGCAGCGAGCAGUUCAUCAGCUUUGAAACGGAUUUGGACUUUCAGGACCUGGAACUCAAAUACCUGUUGCAGAAAAUGGAUUCACGACUGUACAUUCACACUACUUUCAUCAGUAAUGAGAUCCGCCUGGAGACAUUCUUUGACCCUCGAUGGCGUAAGCGCAUGUCUCUGACUCUGAAAAGUAACAAAAACAGGAUGGACUACCUCCACAUGAUAAUCGGCCUAUCAAUGAAGAUCUGCCAGAUGCGAAAUAGCAGUAUUGAUCCCAUGUUCUUUGUAUACGUCAACCCAUUCAGUGGCAGUCACUCAGAAGGCUGGAGCAUGCCCUUUGGUGAACACGGCUACCCACGCUGGGAAAAGGUACGACUGCAGAACUCCCAGUGCUUCAACUGGACUCUCCUGCUGGGCAACAGGUGGAAGACCUUCUUUGAGACGGUGCACAUCUACCUGCGUAGCCGUGCUAAGAUCCCGACUGGCCUACGCAAUGACACAGGUCAGGGUCCGGUGGAUCUUGCAGACCCUAACAAACGGCAGAUCUACAUCAAGAUAUCUGAUAUCCAAGUUUUCGGCUACAGCCUGCGUUUUAAUGCCGACCUGCUCCGCAGUGCUGUGCAGCAGGUCAACCAGUCGUACACACAAGGAACUCAGUUCUACUCAUCUUCAUCUGUCAUGCUCCUGCUCCUGGACAUUAGGGAUCGGAUUAACCGCCUUGCCCCUCCAUCUGCACCUGGCAAACCCCAGCUGGACCUGUUCUCUUGUAUGCUGAAGCAUCGGCUCAAGCUCAACAACAGCGAGAUGAUCCGGGUAAAUCAUGCCUUGGACAUGUACAGCACAGAAAUACUAAAACAGUCGGAUCACCUGACUGCGAAACUCUGUUGAACAUAAUGACAUGAACAGACAGACAGCAAACUCAACACAAACGCCCAACAAAUGAACUAUGAAGGGAUAUUAAUCUUGAUUUUCUUUUCUCUUUCUCAUUUUUGGACCUUUUCUGCCUUUUGAUGUAAUAUUAACUUUGUAAGCAUAAUUCUUAAAGAGAAAAAGGAAAAGGCAGUGAUGAAAAGCAUUUCAGGAAGAUGAAGAAGAUUCAUGGAACAACUCUAAGGACUGUAUCAUAUUUGUCCCAGCAUGUCUGUCAUUCCCUUAAUGAACUAUAAAGAGCGAGAGAAAAAAAAAAGAAAUAUAAAAUUUAUGUACUGGUGAAAAAGAGGCCUUGAUUUUAGUCUGAGGGAUCAAAGGUUAUAUCUGAAACUGCCAUUCUUUACUGAGGAAAAAAAAAGAAAAAGAAAAACAUUUUUAAAGGAAUAAUGACAUAACACAAGGGCAGUCCAGAUAUCCUUUUAUUUCAGCUAAUGUGCAAAAUAUUUCCGACGGUUUAAUAUCAAAGAUGUUUAUACAUUGUAAGGAUUAAAUAGCCCUAGUGAGUAAGUAGUCAACAAAUUACUUAUAGACUCUUUAUUACAUUUCAAACCCACAGUGAGUCUGCAUUGCUCUUUGUGAGUUAUGAGGCACUCUGUCAUUGUUCUGACACAUAAGGCACACAGCAGGGCAGUAAUGGAUAGUCAUGUCAAAUAACAAAAGCCAGCUGUUUAUAUAUACAUAUAUAUGUGGGUGAAUGUGUGCGUAUGUGAGUGUGCAAGUGUGCGCAUAUUUUUUUUGGCUUGACGCUUAUUGCUGUUCGUUAAUUGAAUGUGUCAUUUGAGAGUGACUCCAGUCUAAGCUGAAUCUCGCAUUUGGAUCGCUUCUUCCCGUGUUUGAAAUUCAAGCUGUGUUUUUUCACAAGGCAGUACCUCCUGGUGCGUGAGUGCAAUAUUGUGGUCUGAAGAUUUAACAAUCAAUGCUAUUUUGUACAGCUUUGCAAAAUGUACAUGUUGUGACUGCUGAUUCGUGGAGCUUCUCAGCACCAAGAGCAAAAUGUAAACAUUCAUUGUUCAGGCACAUUUGCAAGACAACUUAAAGCCAUACACUUCCCUGAGGUAGACAUAAAACAUGAAGCUCAUCCAUGUCUCCCUUACUUACAUGGAAAAAGAUGUUCCAUCUGUCUGUUUUUAUUUUAUUCCCUCACUUGAUUCCAUAAAUGAACACAACAAAAAGGCAGAUGACAAGAGAGGGCAUAAAAUGCUGGAUGCAAAUUGUUCUGAAAGCCAUUGAAUGUGUCACAGGGGGAAAAAAAGAAUAUAAAUGCUAUAUAUUAAAACUUAAAAUACCUUUUUGGCAGUGAUUAAUCUGUAAGCUUUUAUGCCCAUGUGUAAAAAUGUUUUUUCUGCAUGUUGGUGAAAACUUUUAUGAUUUUAAAUCAUCAAAACUGAAAUUUGAUACACCACUAUGAAUGAAAAGUUUAAUAACACCCUCAGUUUUCAGUUUUUAUACAAAAUGUAAGCAGUUAGUCUCCAGUUAAUAACCCUAAAUGUAGUAAGCAGUAAAUUGGCCAAAGCAAAAAAAUUAAAUAAACAUUCCCAAACGCUGAAAAAUCAUGUAUAUUUCAUGGAAAGCCAGGUUUUUUAAAGGAUUUAAAAUUGGUUAAAUUACAAGGGUCCUGCAGCAAUGGAAGUUAAUUAGACCUUGAAAGAUACUGCGAACAAUUCCUAAAGGUAAACCAACUUUUUUAAAUUUACAAACAAAAUUACUUCUGUUAAUUACAAACUUGAAAGAAAUGUGUUGCUACGCCAUUGGAUUCAUAGGACAACACUGUACGGAAGGGUUUGCCCAUCACAGUUCCCAGAAUAUCCCAUCAUGUUGGUUUAGUAUGAACUUGACAGGAUGUGAUGUAAUACAUGCAACAACUUAAAACUGAGGGGUUGUAAAACGUUUUUUCAUGUCGUGUAAAUACUUCAGAGGUCACACUUUAUUAGGUUAAUCUGAUGCUGAAACAUUGCUUUUACUGGUGACGUUUUGUAAGUCCACUUCAUCACUUGCAUAUUUGUCCAGGACAAGAAAUACAAGGUCCUCCAUGUCAUAGCUGUUCUGGCUUUGAAAUAAAAUAAAGAGGCAAUUGUCUGUUGCCGCGGUGUCCCCCAAACUCUGGAAAAACCUCCCUACUCUAAAAGCUACAGAUGCAAGCUUUUAGAAUAGCAUUUACAACCCAUUGAUUCCAUAUGUCUUGCGUCCCUUGAUGUAACUUUAGUUUGGUUGCCUUGAUAUUUUUUGGUUUAACUUUGUUGUAUGUUUAAAAAGCUGUACUAGUCCUUUUAUUAUGUGAUUAAGUAACUUGUGAGGUUAGCUGUAAGCAGAGGUACGUAAAAUAUCUGGAAACAACCAGUUAGGAUCGGGACAUAAAUGUGGGUGGGUAAAACAAUGAAACUGAAAAACAGGUUUCAAAUUCUUGAAAUAACCCAACAUUUCGUAAAUAGUUAGUGCAAUGAUUGAAGAAAGACAUUGCAGCAGUCCUGGAAUUUCUGGUGGUUGGGUAAUUUGCAAAAUUUCAAUUAUAUAUGUAGUAUAUAGUAUAUGUUAGCACGUACAGUAUGUGGCGGCCAGUUCAGAACAACUAACACUCCGCUUGUAGGGCUCAGCUCCAUGUUUUUAGGUUGAUCUCACAGUACUUUCUUCAGUCUUUGUCUUUGUUAAUGGCUCAAUAUCUCUGUUGUUGCUUUCAGCGUGCAAAUGAUGACAGCCCUGCUCCGAGGUGCGUCCGGACCGAGGCCUAGCAGUAAAAUGAACUGUAUCAUGACUGGUGCAUCUGCUCGGGUGUAGAUGGUAGCGUGUGUGGUCUCACAUUCUGCUGUGGCCCAAACACCAGCUUCUCUGCAGGGCAAACACAGUGGUAACUGCUAGAUUCACAUUAGUGUUGGAGGUUAUCGGGCUCUGUGAUGAAUUCCGAGGCCAUUAUCGUACUUAUGUGCCAUUGAACCCUUAAAAUAUGUUAGCAUCCAUUGCAUUACCACUGACGUGUGCAUGCCAACAGUAUCAGCGAAUGGAUUUGUUUAAGCAGAUGCAGAGCUAAUUUUGACGUAUUGAUGCUAAGCCCUCACAAGCCCGAGAUGGCCAUUAUCCUACAGUCAAUAUAAAUGCAGUAAAUAGGGGAAAUGAUAGUUCAGCAAACACAUUGGAGAAUCCAAAUGAAUUGUUACCAUGUUGUAAUAAUGAUAAUAACAAGGUUAUUAUUAUUAUUAUCAUCAUUAUUAAUAUUAUUAUUAAAGUGCCUGUUAUCUAUCCCUUUAACAUGUUUAAAGCUGGAGAAAACCUUUUGAUGUUACACAGAGGAGUGACGCUCCAUUAGCUUCAGAAUUCAAGACCGUACACGAUCAAAUACAAACGUUUCAUCUCCUCCUGAGGUCUGAGCUCCGUGGAGGUUUGUGCAUGUGGGGAUUUCAGCCACCAGACGGAAACAAAGAAUGACUUGUGGUAAAGGUGGAUCUUUUUUGUCCCCUGUUGUACAAUACAUUUGUAAAUAUUAACUCUGUUACAGUAACAACGCUCUGCUACGGUAACAACAUUAUAAAAAUAUAAAAGUAUUGAAAGGGAAUACAAAGACUACUUCAAAAAAAGCCCUCCGUCUGAGUACAUUAGCACAAGGAACAGGGCACUCAUGUCUUAUGUAUGUAAUUAGACAAUUUAUGACUGUUUUUAUAUUGUCGGAACAUGCUGUACAUUACAAUUUAGUUUUGAGCCACUUGCAAGGUCCAUAAAACAAGCACAUUUACUCGUAUGGCGUUAUGCUACCACAGUGUUGCUUACAUGUAUCCAUGACUAUGUCUGAAGAUUUUUACACCUAAUACCUUGCCUAUGUACUUUUUUGCUGUUCUGUUGGGAUCAUUAUA